CCCACCUCUAUCUCCUGGCAGAGAGAGGGGCUGAGUGCUCCAACCUGCUGCAUCAGUAUGUGCAGAGUGGAGUGGAGUGGAGAGAGACAGAGAGGAGCGGUGGCCACAAUAGCUGAUUUCUGCUGGAUGUAGGUCCUUCGACGAGUUGGGAAGCUUUUGUGGUUGGUGGCCACUUGGAAAUCUCAAAACAAUGGAGAUUAACUGACUUCGUUAGGUAUUGUCACUGCCACAAUGCUGACAAAGCCAAUGGAGUCUUGAUCAGGAUUACCUACAUUGAAGGAAAUGUUGGGAGUGGGUGGCACCACAGAUCGUAUUCGUCAUGUUGGGAACUCCAGAGGAAUCUAUCUUUCAGCCUCCGUACUGAGCAACCACUUUGGUGGGAAAUGGACAUCCAGGGAUCUUUGCAGUGGACAUUCUGUCAAAACUCUGCCAGGUUCACGUAAUCAGAGGAGGCCAUACACACUCCAGCAUAGCAGAACCUACAGGGCCCAACCUCAGCCCUACCAGCUGACACUGCCACAAAUUAACAACAUCCUGAAAACCAACGAGUACAGCUUCAAGGUGCCAGAGUUUGACGGCAGGAACAUCAGUUCAGUGCUGGCCUUCGACAGUAAUCAGCUAGCUUCCAAUGUCCCCAUGGAGGACCGGCGCAGUGCGGCCAGCUGCCUGCAGAGCCGGGGGAUGCUGCUGGGGGUGUUCGAUGGCCAUGCUGGCUGUGCCUGUGCUCAGGCUGUCAGUGAAAGGUUGCUGUAUUACAUUGCUGUGUCGUUGCUGCCUCGCAAGACCUUAAUCGAGAUAGAAGACGCGGUUGAAAACGAGCGACCGGUAUCACCUAUUUUGCACUGGCACAAGCAUCCCAAUGAUUAUGUGAGCAGGGAGGCAGGAAGGCUUUACUUCACCAGUUUAAGGACUUAUUGGCAAGAACGCAUUGACCUGGUGGAUGAAGAAAAUCUGGAUACCAGUGCUGCUUUGAAACGUGCCUUCAAACGUCUGGACAGUGACAUCUCUCUGGAAGCUCAGAUUGGAGCAGGCAAUCCGUUCACCAAUUACACUGCACUUCGGGUAGCUCUGUCCGGCUCCACAGCUUGUGUCACACACAUCGACGGCACUGACGUGCACGUGGCAAAUGCUGGCGAUAGCCGAGCAGUGCUGGGAGUCCAAAAUCCUGACGGCUCCUGGUCGGCCCUGACACUGAGCGCCGAUCACAAUGCCCAGAAUCCUGAGGAGAUUCUGAGGGUCCAGUCAGAGCACCCCGCGUCGGAGGAGAAGACAGUCGUGAGGCACGACAGGCUGCUGGGCCUCCUGAUGCCUUUCAGGGCGUUCGGAGACGUGAAGUUCAAGUGGAGCUUGGAGCUCCAGAAGCGAGUGCUGGAAAGCCGACCAGAGUUGCUGACAGGUGACGAGUUCUCCAGAAGCUACCCGGCCAACUACUACACUCCGCCUUACCUCACUGCCGAACCCGAAGUCACUCAUCACAGGCUGCGGCCCCAGGACAAGUUCCUGAUUCUGGCUACUGACGGCCUGUGGGACGUCAUGCACAGGCAAAACGUGGUGCAGAUUGUAGGGGAGCACCUCGCCAGUCUGCACUUCCAGCAGCCCAUCUCUGCGGCAGGCUACAAGGUAACAGUGGGCCAGAUGCACAGCCUGCUGCAGGAGAGGAAGGCUCGCGUGUCCUCAGCUUUCAAAGACCAGAAUGUUGCCACCCAUUUGAUCCGCCAUGCACUGGGCAGCAACGAGUUUGGCAGCAUUGAGCACAGCCGCCUGUCGAAAAUGCUCAGCUUGCCUGAGGAGAUGGCCAGAAUGUACAGGGAUGAUAUAACAGUGGUGGUGGUGCAGUUGAAUUCUCACCUCAUUGGGGCAUACAACAGAGCUGAAGCCAGCGUCGACUGAGAGCGCAUUCUGCCUGCUACUGUAUCGGAAACUGGAGACUGGUGCCACAAGGCAACAAAAAUAUUUUCAGUGAUGAUGAUGUAAUGCAAGGGAAGGAAAUGACAUGUUAAAGUUUCGCUCUUCACCUCCCUCCUGUCUCCAUCCAACUUCGCCAUUUACCCUGAGCAAAAUGUAUUUUAAGUGGCUCAAAGCCCUGGCAUUUUUCAAUUUUGUUACACACGCCAACUGUUCAACAACCUGCAUUCCUCCAAUUCUAGCCUAUUCUGCUUCCAUAGUUUUUAACUGCUCUGCCGCUGAUGAACCUGGCUUCAGCUACCUAUGCCUUGCUUUCUGGAAUUCCCACCCUAAACCUGUCCAGCUGGUUAGUUCUAUCUGACACGUUUCGGGCCUAGGCCCAAAACGUCAGCCUUCCUGAUGCUGCUUGGCCUGCUGUGUUCAUCCAGCUCUACACUUUGUUAUCUCAGAUUCUCCAGCAUCUGCAGUUCCUGCUUUCUCUGGUUAGUUCUGUCUUCUCCUUUUGAGACUCCCCUUGAAACCAACACUUUGUCAAAAGCUUUCUGUCCAUGUUCUACUAUAUAAGGUCAAAUUUUGUUGCGAAUUUUCCUGUGAAACACUUUGAGAUGUUUAAGGUACUGGAUAAUUGCAAUUGUUUUUUGCUUAAUUGGAAAUUAAAUUUCUGGUAUAGGUC